UGAACGUCACAACACUAGUGGACAGAAGGCGGAAGCAGGCAGCAAUGUACCACCCCGACACGAAGUGAGAAGACCGUCAAAUAGUCGGAGAAAACUCGAGUUUUAGGAACAAGAGAACAGUCUGGGUGAGGUGAAAAUGUAUUUCCUCGCAGUGUUCGUCCUUUUGGGGACAGGACUGGCGGUAAACUGCGAGAUGCAUUCCCUCACUUACAUCUAUACGGCCCUCUCCAAACCCGUUGGACUCCCGGGCAUCCACGAGUUCACAGCCAUGGGAAUGCUGGACAACAGGAUGAUUGAUUACUUUGACAGCGAGACCCAGAAAAAAGUUCCCAAACAGGAGUGGAUGAGAGAGCGACUGCCUCCAGAUUACUGGGAAAAAGGCACACAGUCCCGCCAGAGCAAGCAGCAGUGGUUCAAAGUCAACAUUGAAAUCCUGAUGAAGCGAAUGAAUCAGAACGAUUCAGAUGUCCAUGUUCUUCAGUGGAUGCACGGCUGUGAAGGCGAAACGCAAACUGACGGCAAAAUUAAGUUCCGCCGUGGCAUGGACAUGUACAGCUACGACGGAAACGACUUCCUGUCCUUCGAUGACGCCCACGCCGUCUGGGUUGCCCCGAUUGAUGCCGCAAUCCAGACCAAGAGGAAGUGGGAUGAGGUUCAGGUCCUAAAAGAAUACACCAAAGGCUACCUGGAGAACGAGUGUGUGGAUUGGUUGGGAAAGUUCACAGAGUAUGGGAAACAGCAGCUAAGAAAAGCAUCUCCUCCAAAGGUGUUCUUGUUUUCAAAGAACGCCAGAGUUGAGACAAACGUAAUUUUGACGUGCCUGGCCACAGGUUUCUAUCCAAAAGACAUCACCCUGCAGAUCAGAAGGAAUGACCGUAUUCUAACCAGAGAGGACGGAGUGCUCUCCUCAGGUGUUCGACCAAAUGAAGACGACACCUUCCAAAGAAGAGACAGCGUGGAGAUUUUAAGGAGUGACAUGUCUACAUACACCUGUGAAGUCAUUCAUCCCACAUCUGGGGUUCAUGUUUCGAGAGCUUGGGAUCAUAAACUUCCUGCAGACUCUGGAGGAGCUAUGAUUGGUGGGGCGAUUGGGGCCCUGAUCUUGUUGGUGAUCAUGGUCGGUGUGGUGCUGGUUGUCUUGUAUAAAAGACGCGCGAUAGGAUCAGGCAAGUCUUUCAGCAGUGUUUCCACCAGUGACUCUGAUCAGCCACCUGACAAAGUAGUUGUCUCCACGGUCUCAAAACCAGACGCCGCGAAUGCACCUCUCAAGGGCUCAGAUGGAUCUCUCAACAGCAGUGGCUCUGGUGGCUCUUCUGACUCUGCCGUUGGUCGUGAUGGUGACAGAAACCCCUCCCCUGAUUCUCAAUCCCUCCUCAUUAAGACGAACGGGGAGGCGCAAGUCUGAAGUCACUGCAGUUAACGAAGUUUCCAUCAGAGUACACUGAGGCUCACUGUGCUCUCUGGAACCAAAUUUACCAAUACAACAAAGAACUUUACAAUAGGGUGGAAAUUAAACGGGGACUUUGAAAAUCAACAAAUAGAAAGUACUUAUAUAUUCUUAAAAGAGUCUCUGGAAAAUCUUUCUGGCAGUAAGAGAACUGGGUUUGAACUUUGAAUGAGUUAAAUUCAAACAGUAUCAAAGUGAUGUUGUGUUGUAGCACUUUGUAGCUUUGAAAACGAAUGGAUAAGAUCUGAAAUACAGUGCUAGUGUUGCUAGUUAGGUGAGCUUGUUUUUUUGUUGUUGUUUUUUUCAGUUGGAAAUUCAGGAAAGUGAUUAGAAAAGUAUGACCUGUAUGAAACUUAACAAAUGUGAAUUCUGAAGCACCUUGAAGAAACUUCUGAAAAAUCUACACAUGUAAUUACAGUGGUUUACUCCAAGCCAGACAUUUAAAACUAGAUGCGGGCAAGAAUUUAGGCGUUAUCAGUAAAAUUGGUGGAGCUAUUGGUGGAGAUGUUAAUACUUAAUUAAUAUUGUUCUCAAAUCUCAAUGGAAAUAAUAAGAUUAUAGAUCAGAUGUAAAAAAAAAAAACAAACAGGUGUGAAACCUGUAUAAGGACAGUCUGUUUGUGGAACACUGGGAGGUGUGGGGUGGUUUAAAGAGGGAGGAAAUUUUUGAAGGGUCUCUGUGGAUCCUGGUAUCUACAAAUGUUUAAGUAUUGAACUGCUUGCAAGAGUCCUUGGCAAGAGCUUGGAAUUGAAUGACCGAUUUUAAGUCCUGUCUCCCCUAGUUACCAUUGCUAGGUCCAAUGAGCCCAACAGAAAGAGAUAUGGCGAUGCCGUUUCCAUUUAGCCAGGUUCUGCAGUGUUUUCUGAGUCUAAUAAGCUGAAUCAGUGUUUAUUUACAAUAACUUUUGGGUAGAAAACCCCGUACCGAUGUACAUCCAAUCAAACGACGCUUAGCAAACACUGCCUCAAUUGAUUAGUUUCAAGCCAUCUUUAAUAAAAGCAAUCUAUACACAGAGCAGCGCUUAGAUAGCGUCUUGGCGUCAGACAAUAUAGCUUCAAGAAGUGGACACUUAGGGCUACAGUAUGCGAUGGAAAGAUAUAUUUGAAAUGACAUCAUGUCUGUCCAAAUAACACCAGCAGUUUAGGCUACUAUGUGGUGGCUUGUAGCCUCAGCGAUGAUAAUUAGCAGCAUAACAUUAGCCCUGAUCUCUUCAGGCUCACGAUAAUUCAUGUCAUCUUAAAAAUACGUCAGUUGUGCUCUCAACUGAGCACCGGGUGAAAUGGAAAGGCUAAUUGGAUUAUAAAUACUUUUAAAGAAAGAAGAAAUAAUUAUUAAAAGAAAUGUUUAAGUGCAGUUUUGAAGGACCACGUCAGUACCUUGCUUAAUUUAAUCAGAGGAAAACCAACAUUUAACUUCUGCAGUGGUUGUCAUUUGGCUUUGCUUUAUGUCAGUAUGUUAUGACAGUAAACCUGCAGUGAAUUUAGACUAGCUGCAGAUAAUCAACAAUCAACUGCACCUAUUACCACUCAGAGAAAACUGAGGAAAUACUUAUAAUGUGAUUAAAAUAAACGACCUACAAUUUACAAAUACACUGGUAUCAUGGAAGUAGGCUGAAAAUUAAAUGGGAACACUGGCAUUUUUCAACCUGGACCCUAUUUUGACAUAUUAUUGUGUGUGCAAUAAUGGUACAAUAAUUUCUGAAACUGGUCCAAUGAUGAGAGAGUGCGUGCAGCAGGCAGCUGUGAAACAGGCUGCAAUGUAACAACUCAGGGCAGGUGCGCCGAGUUAACAACCACUGACUUUUUGCCACUGACAGAUUGUUCUUAUGAGUGUCUUACAAUAUUAUGGAAAUGAUCCAACAGACAAAUGUAAAGUUUCUCUUCUCUUUAGCGAGACUUGGACAUAAAACACAACGGAACAAGUGGAAGGUGUAGGGUCCUUUCUGUAAUAUUCUAAGACACCAAGACAAUCAGAGCUCGUCAGUGGCAAACAAAAAAGCACUUUCACUUGUUGCAAUGGGGCACACCUGCCCCGGUGGUCACAUAGUAGCCUGUUUGGCAGGUAUCAGCUGCAUCACUUUCUCUCAACACUGGACCACUUUAAAAAAAACAGUUGUUCCCAUGAGUCAUUGUGUGACACAAAAACACAGGAAAAUAGGGUCCAAGCUGAAAAAUACCAGAGUCCCCCUUUAUUAAUUGUCAGUCACAAGGGUUUAGCCUGGCUUAAAAAGAAGUACUCAGUGUAUUUCACUGAAUGAUUAGCAGGGAUAAUUUAAAACAUGGUGUAGGUUGUCAUUUAAUAAUCGCUGUUGUAAAUACAGUUAUAUUGAGCUUGUAGAGCUAAGUUGCAAAAUGCAUUUUGGAAGCUUUAAAUGUGCAAGUUUAUUGCAUAUAUCUGCCCUGAUAGAAUAUGCUCCUGUCACUAAGAAAUAAAUCCAGUCCUCUUGUUAGUGUGCUUGAUUUAUUGUUAUGACAUUUUAGACCUCUUAAUAAUGAAUUUUACUGCUUGUUAUCCAAGAUAAAAAUGAAUUAUGUUUGCAAAAGCAAUUUCACUUUAAACUGAUCAGUUUAGUCGGUAAGAUACAGACAGACUUCUUAUACUGUGUGUGCUCCUAGUGGCUUUCCAAAUACAUUAUUUAUGGUAUUGUGUGUCUUCAGCAAAUGGAUUUUACACAUUUUCUCUUUUGGGUUCUUGGUUGCUUGUGUAGUUGACAAAUAUGAAAAUGUUGAUAUCCAUCUGAUGAAUCAACUUUUUUUUUCCCACAAUUAUCUGUGUAAAAAAAAUCACUUCUGUCAAAAUAUGUUUUUUAAAUCACAAUAAAAUAUUUCUAAAAAUGAUCAAUAUGCCAGUCAAAUAAAUCUCCAGUAAAGUCUGAAA